UGCACAAAACCCUAAUUUCGUUAACGCAACCAGUGUUCUUUGCGCCGUCUUCUCCUUCUCUCACCGGAGAAUGACAACAACGGCUGCUCCUCCGUCGAAGGUUGACCCAAAGAGCGUUAACAGAGCCGUGAAGUCUCUGCUAACAUGGUGGAGCGCCAAAUCCAAGUCCCAGAACUCAGAACCGCUCGAGAACGAAGGUUUCGUCUAUCUAAUCGUGACCUUGAAGAAAAUCCCGCAGAUGGAUCGAACGAACCCCGUGAUGAUCCAUGUUCCUCAUCCCCUCAUCGACCUGGUGGAAGAUUCGCCGGAGCUCUGUUUGAUAAUCGACGACAGACACAAGAACAGAAUCACGAAGGAGGCGGCCUUGAAGAAGAUCGAAGCAGAGAAGAUUCCAAUCAGCACCGUGAUUAAGGUCUCCAAAUUGAAGUCGGAUCUACGCAAAUUAGAGGAGGAGAAGGGGUUCGAGCUGUAUUUCGCGGAGAGGAGGCUGAUGUCGAUUUUGCCGAAGCUAUUGGGGAAAGAGUUCGUCAAGAAGAAGAAGAGUCCGAUCGCGAUAAACCUGAGACAAGGCAAUUGGAAAGACCAGAUCGAAAAAGCGUGUGAAUCGGCAUUGUUCUUCGUUGGGACAGGUACUUGCAGUGUUGUGAAGGUAGGGAAAUUGUCAAUGGGAAGGAAGGAGAUUGCAGAGAAUGUAAUGGCCGCAAUAAACGGGAUUGCUGAAUCGAUUCCAGGUAAAUGGAGGAAUGUUAAAUUGUUUCAUCUCAAGUUGCUUGAGAGCUCGGCUUUGCCUGUUUAUCAAUCAGCUCAAGUUAUGGAGCUCGAAUCAUCCUCCUAUACUUAGUCGGAGUAGACAGAAGAAAGCAUGACAAGGAUGUAAUGUUUUUGGUCACAAUUUGUCGUCACGAGUUUUGGUUAAUUUGAGUGGGAGUUUCUCUUAUAUGAUGCUGUAAUGCAAUGUUAAGUUUUUAUGCCUAGACUGAACAAAACUGUCUAGAAUGAUCAGAUUGCAGAACAAAUGAAACACUUCUUCCCUUUAA